AUUUUACGCGGGAUAUUUUUAUGUCAGUGUAGUUAUUGUUUUUAGUUUGGUCUAAUUAAUUUAAUUUCUGCCGUAUAACGCUUUAAAACACGUUCAUCUUAAAAAAAUAGUCAUGAAGACGGGUUCGUCGAAAAUAUUUAUUCAAAUUGAUUCAAAUGAACAACAGGAAAAUAUUCGAAAUAAAAAAUCAUUAAAGACAUUUAAAGAUUCGUCUGAUGAUAAAGAAAAUCUUCAAAUCAUUGGACGUCCAUUAAAACCAUUGAAGAUUCAUGAAAAUGAAAUGACAUCAGAAUUUAAAAAGAAGAAAGUUACAAAUAAAGCCGUUCAAACCGACUCUGAAAAUUCAUCUAAAAUUACAGCAAAUGAUUUGACAUCAGAGGCUGGUCCAAGUGAACAUUAUUGGGAAAUGAUUGCAGAAAAACGACGUCAAGCACUUGAUGAAACGCUCGAAGAAAAUCGUAAAUUACACGAAAAAAUUGAGCUACUCGAAGAGGAGAAUAAAACUUGUAAAGAAAUGUUACAGGAGUCGAAAAAUCUUGUUGAAAUUCUUACGGAAAUGUUGGAAGAAAAAGACUCAACAGAAGCUGCAGAAGAAGCUAUCGAAUAACAAUUUAAUUUUUCUAGAAUAAUUCUUUAACUUAUGUACAAAUAUCUUUUUAAAAUAGAUUGUUAAGAUUUUCUAAAAUAUGUA